CAGCCAUGAAGUUUAUGAAACUCGGAUCUCGGCCCGACACUUUCUACACAGCCGUCCGUAAGGUAAGAUUCUCAUGAACCGAUUCAACUCAGGGUUAAGCUUUGAUUUUCUCGAGAAAGAUGCAAUGGAUAUUUAUUUUCUUGUUGCAGGACGGUUUCUUCUGAAGUCCUUAGAGAUCUUAUAAUCCAAGUUGAUGGAACUAAAUAUCUGCUUCACAAGUUUCCUCUGUUGUCUAAGUGUUCGAAGUUGCAGAGAUUAUGCUAUGAACAACACAAGAAGUGAUCCGAUUACCCGAUUCCCCGGCGGGAUCGAGGCGUUCGAGCUUUGCGCUAAGUUCUGUUACGGCAUCACGAUCACUCUCGGUUCGUAUAACAUCGUGGCGGCGCAAUGCGCUGCCGAAUACUUGCAGAUGACGGAAGAUGUCGAGAAGGGGAACUUAAGUUGCAAGCUGGAAGUGUUCUUUAAUUCUUGCAUCUUACAAGGUGGAGAGAUUGUGUUGUGACGUUACAAACCACCAUGCGUUUCCUCUAUGGUGUGAAGACCUUGGAAUUACUAGCAGAUGCAUCGAGUCCGUUGCGUCGAAAGUUUCGACACAUCGUUCGAAGGCGAGCUCGUCGC